CAGCCUACCUUGUGAAUCUGUAUAAGGCAGUACAUGCUCUCUCAUGCUGCCAGCCGAUUACAACUGCCAUUAAGGACCACUUUUGUGAAUCUGGAGCAGGCCUAUCAGUGACUGUCUAGAUGCAGGGAUGACUCUGGAUAAACAUUCUGAACAUGCUUCUUUCACACCAGCUCCUUCACAGCCUGCACCUGGAAUCAUGCCAUCCACUAAUGCAUGGAUAAUGGAUGACGCCACGCGCAACAAACUCCUCAGACGCUACAAUACGCAAGUAGCUUCGGGGGUCUCGACCAUCGUGGCUACUCUGACGUUGACCCCACUGGAAAACGUCAAGACCCGGAUGCAGACUCACAAUUUCAAGAAUAUUUCCCAAUGCGUGCGCUACUUGUGGCGUACUGAGGGGCCUCGGGGCUAUGUUGCCGGAGCUCUGCCACCCUUGGCAAGUGUCACUGUCGUUCGGGUCCUGAAUUUCUCGACCUACAGUGACGCGAGGCAUGUCAUCUCCAACUUUGUCAAAGGCUGGACAGGUGAGUCUCCUGAGGAAUACUACGAUCAGCCCGGCAGCACUCCAACUUUUGCCACGCUUUUCACCUUCACUACCGCUGGGCUCUUCGCUGGACUCGUCUCGUCUCCGAUUGCCUGCCCCUUCGAGCUCGCGAAGAACGUGGUUCAGACCUCUGUUCUAGUGUCGAACCGUGCCCAGGCAUCUCCCGAUGCAGUUGCCGAUCCUUCGCUGCGUCACAAGCCUCGCCUCGGCACUAUCGAAGCGAUCCAGCAGAUCGUCCGGCGCCAUGGCGUCCGUGGCCUUUAUACCGGCUUCGGUUUGCACGCCCUACGCGAUACCAUCGGAUCCGGUCUGUAUUUCAGCGUCUACGAGACUGUCAAACAACUCGCUGCCAAUGAAAUGGGCCAGGACAAGUCUCCAUUCGGCGGUCCGAUGAUUGCAGGAGCGCUUUGUAGCACCGUUCCUUGGUUUUGUACCUACCCCCUUGAUACCAGGAAGACCCGCGCCCAGAGCGUCCUCCUGGGUAAAUCCAAGGAAAUUGGAGAGGCGUCCAUGGCUGUGGCCAAGUCCAGCAUGUACAAGGGCCUAUCCAUCAUCCUUUUCCGCACCGCAAUCAACAAUAUGAUCCUGCUCAGUCUCUACGAGUACAUCAAGAUGCGGAUCAGUGAACUGGAGCCUUGAAUUCUUGACUCGUCUUGAAGAUAUUUUCCUGAAUCUGUUCUUGUGGUUCCAUGAUCCUGC